AACACUCGAUUAUAAGCACUUUAUUGAUGAUGUUACGGAAUUUGUACACAGAAAUCUGAAUGUGAAUUAGACGUGUAUGAGAGAUGGUGAUCCGCAGCAGUAGAUGGCGGUGUGGGUGUUGUUACUCCGUGUAGAUACACAGCAGGGACACUCGGGGUGUUGUGGAGGAAGGAACAUGGCGGCGGUGAUGAUGAGGAUUGUACAGGCUUCAUUCCGGCCCGGUUCGGGGCGUUACUCUUUCUCUGCGGCUUGGGCCAAAUCAGUUAGUUUGUGUGCUAAUAGGCCUCUUCCGGAAAGAGUGAAGAUCGUGGAAGUUGGACCCAGAGAUGGUCUUCAGAACGAGAAGACCAUCGUUCCUGCUGAGGUGAAGAUCCAGCUGAUUGACAUGCUCUCAGAGGCGGGACUUCCUGUCAUUGAGGCCACAAGUUUUGUCUCGCCUAAAUGGGUCCCACAGAUGGCUGAUCAGGAGGAAGUGAUGCGAGGCAUCAGCAGGAAGCCUGGGGUGAAUUAUCCAGUGUUGACUCCUAACCUGAAGGGCUACAGAGCUGCAGUGAAAGCCGGAGCAAAGGAGGUAGCGAUAUUCGGCGCCGCCUCUGAGCUCUUCAGUAAGAAGAACAUUAACUGCUCGGUGGAGGAGAGUCUGCAACGCUUCGAGGAAGUGACGUCGGCAGCCAAACAGGAAGGAGUCCCUGUACGAGGAUAUGUAUCCUGUGUCCUUGGAUGUCCUUAUGAAGGCAAAGUCUCGCCACUGAAAGUAGCCGAUGUUGCGAAGCGCCUCUACGCAAUGGGCUGCUACGAAAUCUCCCUGGGCGACACAAUUGGAGUGGGUACGCCGGGCGGCAUGUCCAAGAUGCUGGAAGCAGUGAUGAAGGAGGUGCCGGUCGACGCCCUGGCUGUUCACUGCCACGAUACAUACGGGCAGGCGCUCGCUAACAUCCUGGUCGCUCUGCAGAACGGCAUUAGCGUGGUGGAUUCCUCGGUGUCGGGAUUGGGUGGCUGCCCCUACGCUCAGGGGGCUUCCGGGAAUGUGGCUACAGAGGACGUGGUGUACAUGCUGCACGGACUCGGCAUCCAGACAGGAGUCGACCUGCAGAAGCUGAUGGACGCUGGAUCCUUUAUCUGCCGUUCUCUCAACAGACCAACCAGUUCCAAAGUUGCUCAAGCUACAUGUAAACUGUGACCUCAAUCCGUUUGUGUGUGUGUGUGUUUUCUGUUUGGACUGACAUGCCUCCAGCCUAAUCUAAUAAUUGCUGUACCAGAGGUGUGUCCUUCAUCCUGACACUGUUGACUUUAACUCUCAUCAGUUGUUCUCUCCGAACCAGCCAUUUCCUGCAGGAGAACAGGAAGUACCAGUAUCCCCACAGAGCCUAAUGAACGGAUGCACGAUAUUGUGUAGGCUUUAACCCACGCCACACUCACUGUUUCCAGCUGAUACACACUUUCCAUUUGCUCCCAUAAUUGAAGGAAGCUGAGGAAAUCAGUGUUUUUCAGAAGACACUCACGCUGAAGGAUUUCUCAUGUAUCGGUCUGUAAUCAUAUACACACACACACACACACACACACAUUACAGUGUUUAUUAGGGAAGCAUGUACAGAGACUGCUUCUCAUCUGGUUGCCUCGGAUUUGACAACCGUGUGUGUGUGAGAGAGAGUGUAGUGCUGGCUGGCAGCGAGCAACAGUCUGUUAUAAAUAUACAGAAGCUAGUGUAUAAACUGUCUAGUGUCUUAGACUCCAGGAAGCAGCUCCACUACUUCUCAACAGCUCAAUAUUCUCAUUUUCAUCCUAUAACGAACCUAAAAUCAUACAAGUGCAUUAUUUCCUGAUAACGCUCUAACACGAACACCGAUAACUCACACGCUUUUAUCUUUUCCGUCAAGGUUUUUCGGUUCAUCGGAACUGCUGAUCCACAGUCCGGUCCUGUUUCGAGCCCUAAUAUGGUCCUGCAAAACAGCUGCAUCCUUUCCAGAAGCCCUCAAGGCGCUCGGCUCUCACAUUAAUAUCGCUCGGUAUUGCCGAGAUACGAUUGAAACAAAAACAUGAAGAAUUACGAGUACGCAAUCUGCCAAAGGAAAUCCGAGUAGCUAAUGAAAAAAAUCCUUCGUCCAUGGCGCUGAUGUAUUCUCGAUUCUGAUUGGUCAGACGCUGCUGAUUGAUUUUCUCACAGGUUCAUAUGUGCAGCUUAGUGGUGAAGGUGUUGGGGAUGUGGCAGCAUAGGGGAAAUGUAUGGGGGAUGUGGCAGCUUAGUGGUGAAGGUGUUGGACUACUGAUCGGAAGGUUGUGGAUUCAAAUCCCAGCAUAAAAAAAUGAGAAGUCGCUCUGGAUAAGGUCAGGCCAGAAAUGUGAAUGUAAUGUAAAUGUACACAGGUGUUUUCAGGUAACACGUCUAUCAGUAAUCACAGGAAAUGGUUGCUCGUUCUUUUUGAAAGAGUCUCCAGUGUCACAGGUAAAGCAUUAAUUAGCAUUAAAUUUGAAUAAAAAGUACAGAUCAUUUAAAAAGUACAGAUCAUUCUUUAAUACUGGUAAAAUUGUAAUCAUCGGCAAACCGCUGUGGUACGAGGGAGCGAUAAAAUACUUUAGGAACCAUUGGAAAAUAAUAAGCUUCAUAUCUGGAGCCACACAUUUCCUGUUUUCUUUACUUCACUAUUUAGUAGCUAUUAAAUCAGGAAUGCGGUGAGGAAUUCUAAGCCCCUGUGGAACGAGAAAGGCCUUUGCUAGGUUUUCGUCUCUGUAGCAACGUUUCUUGAAGCAAGCGGUCAACUAAAGAGACGCAGCAGGAUGGACUUUUUUGCUUAAUUUAUGUUUUAUAACCACAUGAAUGUGGUUCUGGUGUCCUGAUGUGAGAUGGAGGUUUUAUACUGCUGAUGUAACGUCUGGAGAACGUUGAUUAAAGUCCUUUAAGUGUACAGACCUUUAGUAUACAUUUGAUUGAAUGAUCAAUAUACUUGAAUUAUUAUUAUUUUUUUAAUUUAACUUCACUCAUCUACAUUCUUUAUUGUCUGACUUGAUUUAAUGCUGAAAUAAACGGUGGUUAUGUAAUAAGUAA